GGUGUGUGCUGAGGCUCCUAUGGGCAGCGCUGAUAAUUCUACCAGCUUUAAGGCGGAGUAUGUCGCGGGGGAUGAGAUGACUUGGGAGGAUGUGGACUACACAGUGACUUCAUCUUGGACUGAGACCUUCGACCAAUCGGUUGUCAACCCAGUGACAUACGAGAACAUAGAAUGCAAUGCUACCACUUAUGUCUGCUACAUAACUUUCGAAGCAGAUUUCAACGAACUCUAUGCCCACCUUGUCUGGCUCAAUAUCAAUUGGUCGGCCGAAAACAAUGAAUUCGGCGCAGCUUUGUGGAAAUCUCUAAGAGACCCUGGCUGCACGUUGAAUGGAGGAGAGGCGAGCUGUUUCAUCGAAGUGGGGGGCUUCGACCAAGCUGAUAAAUAUGAGUUCAUUCUUCUAGUGUAUAUCCAAGGAGCUUACUUUCCACAGCCUUACCGAUACACUUUCGUAUCGGCAGCAGCGGACUACAAGCCAGCAGAAAGAUACAAGUUGGCUACGACUGUAGUGAUGGUCUGGUUUAUUCUACAACAAUUGACAGUCGCUUAGAGACUAAGACUAAAGACAACUUGAUGACCAGCAAAUAGUUGCUUGUGUACUUCUGUCCUUCAGUCACAUAACAAAAUCAUUCUGACUGCAACUUACUAACAUCCAAACUUUGAUUGCGUUUUAUGAGAGUUGAAUUGUCUAGAGAAAAAAAAAAUUAUUAUAAAGUCUGCCCAAAAAUUCAGCCAGAAAUCCAAAAUUA